AUGGCUACAGGUCUGGAAGGUGUGCAGGAUGCCUUGCUGGCCAUCGCCCAAGGCCAAACGAAGCUCAUCUCGGCGGUUGAAUCCAUCUCUCAACGUGUGAGCAGCUUGGAGAAGACUCGCGAAACCUCGUCGAAACCCAACGGCGAAGCUCCAAACCCAGUCACCACCCCGCUCGUUUCCGGCUAUGUCCAGACGCCACCGCUCUUGCAGGCGGAUGCCGGCACCAUGUCACCAUCAUCUCCGCCCGCCGAUGUCACAAAGUCCAACUUCUCGAACCGCGUCGUGCUCACGACCUAUCCCAAGCAGAUCGGCAUCAACCCUCUACCGAUGGAAUGGGGUGCGGCCGAUCCCGUGAAGCGUGGCCCGGUAGCUGUCAUCCGAUCUGGCUCGACCAUCCGCAGACGUAACGCCAUUGGAGCCCACGGCGGUUCAUACUCGGUUUACUAUGCACUGGCUCUGGCGAGUAAGGAGCUGGAUCCAGACCACAAGCCUGACUUCACCAACACCGAGCCCGCCGUCAACAUUGGCCCCUUCCCUCAAUGGGGAGACCCCAAGAAGAUUGUAGCCAUGGAUCCUUGGGGCCAUCAGGUUCCUUGGAUUUUCAAGGAUCUCAUGGAUAAGGAGGGUGUUGAUCUCCGGCCGACGAUUGCGAUCACAAAAGCUCAUAUGAAGCUGCCUGAGCUUGAAGAGAGUGUUAAGAGCGGCAGAUUGGUUCCAGAUGGCAAGAUCUGCUUGAACAGCAACGGUGAACUUGCGGUAACCAAGUUCGCCGUCGAGCCUGUUUGGUACCUCCCCGGAGUUGCCGAACGGUUCGGUAUUGAUGAGGGCACAUUGCGCAGAUCCCUCUUCGAGCAUACGGGUGGCAUGUAUCCCGAGUUAAUUACGCGUUCCGAUAUCAAGGUCUUCCUGCCCCCUAUCGGUGGUUUGACCGUGUACUGCUUCGGCGAUCCCGCGAAGAUGUCAGACCCUUCCAAGAAACUUGCGUUGAGGAUACACGACGAGUGUAACGGUAGUGAUGUUUUCUGUUCCGAUAUCUGCACUUGCAGACCUUACCUAAUCUUCGGUAUUGAGGAGGCCGUCAAGGAGGCUCAGAAUGGCGGUAGCGGCGUGGUAAUCUAUUUCCGUAAGGAAGGUCGUGCCCUGGGCGAAGUCACAAAGGUAUUUGUGUACAACGCGAGAAAGCGCGGGGCAGAUCUUGCAUCGGACUAUUUCAAGCGCACCGAAAACAUUGCCGGUGUAAAGGAUAUGCGAUUCCAAGCCCUGAUGCCCGAUAUUCUUCAUUGGCUGGGUAUUACCAAGAUUGACCGAAUGCUUAGCAUGAGCAACAUGAAACACGACGCCAUCGUCGGCCAGGGUAUCCCUAUUCUAGAGCGUGUUGAGCUCCCCGAAAGCUGGAUUCCAGCCGAUUCGAGAGUAGAGAUCGACGCCAAGAUCAAUGCCGGAAUGAUUGUUCAAUUCGAUCCUGCAUUUACCACACCAUAUCCGCCACACCCACAAUCUGUCAGGUCUGAACGUGAAGCGGGCGGGUGA